GCCUCGGUAAUUAUUUGAAUGGAUAAAUUUGCCCCGGGGAACUGAUGGAAAGCCUUCUCUUUUUCAUGAAAACCUUGAAGUAUAAAGAAAUCAUGGAUACCUGAGACCAAAGGGAGAAAGCAGAAUUAAAAGAUUUCAGCCAUUAGCAACUGGAUCACUUGAUUUACACACGACUAACCUGAACCACAACAUCAUUGUAUUGCUUGGGUAGCUCACCAAUCCUGUUAAGCUGGUUUAAAAGUUGUGACGAAGUUAUGAAAAACAUGUUAGCAUUCAGUCUGAUAUUCUUUGGUUUCAUAUUGGCACUUGAUGGUAGGGAAUAUGGACGAAGACGUCAGAGAUUGCCUAGUGGGAACGUUACAACUUCGAGUGGUCUUGCUAAACUUCGCGUUAUAACGAAUAUCUAUGAUCAAAGGCUUCAUUUGAAUUGUUCAUUUGAAGCGGGAGGUCGUAAUGUUUGAGUGGAAAUUUAACAACAGAACCCUUAGCAGGAACGAACGAACGAAAAUCAGAAAACACCGAUUCUAUUCUGAACUUUCAUUGCGAAGACCAAGACGACCAGACAGUGGAUAUUAUGAAUGUAUUGUGACCACCAACAGGAGCACAAUUGUGACACUUGGAUUAUUUGUAAUAUUCCGUCCACCUACUGCGAUAAGAAUUGAUCCUAAUGAUGUUUCACUUACUACUGCGACAGGGGAUUUCAAUUGGCGUUGUCGUAGUUUGCAUGAUUUGCAAGAAAGGAAUGUUUCAUACUCAUGGUAUCGUAAACGUCUCCCUGAUGGAGAAUGGAGGAAUGUUGAUAGUGAAAAUGAAUUACUAACAUGGGAAGUUCCCCGACGUUUGCACUCAACGAAAGAUGGUUAUGAUGUUUAUGAUAUGUACUGUGAAAUAAAAGAUGGAGGACAAACGACGCGUAGUCCUUUAGCGAGAUUUAUCGUUAUUUUGCCUGGCACAGCAGAAAGUCUUGGUGUUUGUAACGAAGAGGAGAUUGAUGGGAUACAUUGGAAUGAAACGCUAGUAGGCUUUACCGCCUCUCAAAAUUGUAUUAAAGAUGAUGACGAAUCUGGGACUGCAACACGUGUUUGUAGGGCGUUCCCUGGUCGCCCUCCAAGAUGGCGUCGACCCAAUUUGAAAGAUUGCCGCAGUCCAGAGUUUGAGACUAUAGAAGAUCAGUUAAACGCUCUUGAGGAAGGCUUCAAUGUGAACAUUAGCAUCAGAAGUGCUCUGAGAGAACUUCGAACGUUAACUCGUCGCAGAGCCGGUCGACCAUUACGGUUGUAUGGAAGGGAUCUACUGUCGACGGUAAACAUCCUCGAAAGAAGCGACGGUUUCUUUCGAAGCGGUAUUGUUCAUACCGAAAUAAAUUAUGAAACCAUUGAUUCGUUCAUUGAGAUUGCAAGCAAUCUUCUUCACAUGGAAAAUAUAAACACAUGGACUGACAUUGAUGAGAUUAGCCCUAACACUGCAGCUGAAUUGGUGACAUCUCUGGAGGGUUUUGGUUUUAAUGUUGAACAAUAUUUGAACAUAACUGGUGACGUCAUUGAAAAUAGCGUUCAAGAAAAUCUCGCAUUUGAAGUUCGUCACUAUGACGUAAUGAAUGACACUGAGCAAGAAGAAUAUGUCUUCCAGCAAAAUAACAGCAAGAUCAUCUUACCGCAAUCUAUUUUCAACAACUCAAAUUCUUCUUCGUUGACGGUGGUCAGCGUUAUUUACAAUACUCUGGCAUCCAUACUUGGUGUUGUAAACGUGACGGCAAACACGAGUGGUAGUGGUAUAUUCUUGCUUCCUGGCUCCCAAAUCAUUUCUACGACUGUGAAGCCACUUGAUAGCGAGAGAUUCGCAGAACCUGUGAGAAUUCGAUUGGAAAACAAUGGAUCGAGACUCGGUUCAAAAACGCAAAAACAAUGUGUUUUUUGGAAUCCAGAUGUUUCGUACAGCCAAUGGAGUGACGAGGGUUGCCGAUUGGUUCCCGAAGAAACUACUGACGUCAUUACCACUUGUGAAUGUGAUCAUUUGACGUUAUUUGCUGUAUUUGUAUCAAGAAGCGGAUUUUUGGAUUCUGAUGAUUAUACAAGGUUGGAAACCAUCUCAACGAUUGGUUCUGCGAUAUCUCUGGCAGCCAUCUUGUUGACGAUGAUUGUUUACGUGUAUUUACGGAAGGCGCUGUGGUCAACACGUUAUGUGAAUUUCAUGAAUCUUUGUCUCGCCAUCGCACUUCUUAAUAUUUUCUCUGUAGUUCGUGGAGCUCUCGGAGACGACGACGAGGUGCCUUGUGAAGCUGUUGGAGUCCUGCUUCAUUACUUUGUUUUGGCAUUAUUUCUAUGGAUGUUAUGUGAAGGAAUAUUACUGACGAUGCUUAUUACAGAUGUUUUUAAGAAAGAGUAUGGACGCAAUUGGUAUCUGUCUGUUCAUUUCAUUGGAUGGGGAGUACCUGCAGUAAUUGUUACUAUAUCAAUCGCGAUAAAGGGAGUAUCUUCGUAUGGGCGAGAAGGUCAUUGUUGGUUGUCUCAAGAAGAUGGUUUCCUUUGGGCUGCCCUAGGACCUAUGAUUUGUGUUUUACUGGCAAGCCAUGUUGUCUACGGUAUCAUGUUACGUAGCGUUAUUACAUCACAACGUGUACAAAACGAGGAUACAGUUGGAAAAUUACGAGCUACGGCACGAGCGUCCAUUAUAAUAAUGCCAGUCCUUGGCUUUGCCUGGAUCUUCGCCAUCUUGGAUUUAUUUUUUGAUAAGCUUUUCCUAAAGUAUCUUUUUGCAAUUUUCAACUCUCUACAAGGAUUGUUUAUAUUUGUGUUCCACUGUUUGCUUAAUAAACAGGUUCAACGAGCGAUAACGAAAAGCAAGCAACCGCCUAAACGGCGAAGUAUCUCGGACAAAACAAAGUCUCAGGAAAUGCGUGCAACUGUAGUAAAUUCGUCUCAAGAAAGUUUGAAUCGUCUGUAAUGAUUAUGAAAAUGAUUUCUUCUCUCAAUGUUUAACAGCUGACAUAUCCCUGACCAUGAUGCAACAUUUCAUAUGGCUGACAUAUCCCUGACCAUGAUACAACAUUUCAUAUGGCUGACAUAUCCCUGACCAUGAUGCAACAUUUCAUAUGGCUGACAUAUCCCUGACCACGAUGCAACAUUUCAUAUGAUUUCAUAUGAUAUUAUGUAAUCAAUGUCACGUUUUAAUUCCUCCAUAGCUACUUCGACUGGAAAAGAUUUGAGAAAAAGAUCAUUGUAAUUUUUCUUAUAUUUUCAAAAAAUUAUUAAAAAUCUAUAUAGACGUUUUUUGAAA